AUGGUAGUUAAUAAUCCAAAUAACUGGCACUGGGUGGAUAAGAAUUGUAUUGACUGGACUCGAGAAUAUUUCAAUGAGAAAUUACUUGAAUUAUCAGUAGAUAGUGAUUUAAAUCAAGUAAAAAUUUCUAAAGUUUCAUCAGUUGAAGGUGAUGUUGAAGUAUGUCAAAGAAAAGGGAAAGUUAUAUCAUUAUUUGAUUUAAGAUUAAUUUUGAAUUUUAAAGGUCAUACAAAAUCUAAUCCUGAACAUGAAGUUAAUGGAUCUAUAACUAUUCCAGAAUUAGCUUAUGAUUCAGAAGAAAGUGAUUUACAAUUUGAUAUUAGUGCUCAUCAAGAUUCUAAUAAGAAUGAUGAAAUUAUUUCAUUCAUAAAGUCAAAAUUACUUCCCAAAUUAAGAACUAUUCUUAUUCAAUUUGGUAAAGAUUUAAUUUCUACUCAUGGAUCAGAAAUUCAAUUAUCUCAAGAUAAAGUUAAUUCUACUUAUACAAAGGCUAAUCAAACUGCUAGUAAUCCAGAUGGUACUUCAAAUACUACAACUUCUAAAUCUACUUCUUCAUCAUCCACAUCAUCCUCAAUUCCAAAGUAUAAUACUUCUAGUUUAUACCUUGAACCUGUUUUCAAUACAACUGCUAAUCAAUUAUAUAUAACAUUAUUAGAUGCCAAUAGAAUCGGAGCUUGGACUCGUGCACCACCAUUAAUUGAAUCAUUCCCACCAAAGGAAGGUAGUGAAUAUAAAUUAUUUGGAGGAGCUGUAAGUGGUAAAAUUAUUAAACUUAUACCUGAUCAACAUAUUGUAGAAUCUUGGAGAUUAGAAGAUUGGAAACAGGGACAUUAUGCUACUCUUGAUAUUGAAUUAAAGGAAGGAGCCGGAGAAACAAAGAUGUUAGUUAAAUUUACUGGAGUUCCUAUUGGAGAAGAAGAUCGUGUUAGAGGUAAUUUUGAAGAUUAUUACAUUAGAUCCAUUAAGAUUACAUUUGGAUUUGGAGCUGUAUUAUGAAUGAUCAUUAAUAAUUAUAAAUCAUUAAUUGUCAAUACCCGGCCGAGCUCUGAGAUGAUAGAAAGUAGAAUAUACUAGAAUAUAUAUAUAUAUAGAUUUGAAAUAUCCGAUAAAUGCGUACAAUAUAUGUAACUUAAAUAAACGCUU